UUUCGGGCCACAGCUACUCAAACACUCCCCGGGGACAUCAUAAAACUUUGCACAUAUUUGGUGGCCAGAUUGGGACAGGAACGCAAGCGAUUAAACUCGAUAUCGCCCUCCACUGCCAUGGCCACUUAUCGCUUCCGCUGAAACCGUCUCGUCAGACCCUGCAAUGAUCACAAGAAGCGAGGGUAAUCCAACCUUCCAAGCCAAGAUCAUCUGGUCAACCUACUGACCAUACUCACAGCCAUCUCAAAGAACGGGUCGGCCUGUCACUGUGGAGGUGUGGCGCCCUGUUGGGAUAUCAGUAGUUGCGCAAGCAGGGGUCAUCGCUGCUUCCAAUGCUUGGCCAAGCCCACCACCCGGGUACACGGGUGGCUCAAACUCAUCAUUGCUCAGCUCCCAUGAUGACAGGAAGGGAGACCUGUUUGCUGCUCGAGAUACGGAUCUACAUGUGUUCUUUCAUGAGGCCUUCCUGCUCGUCCCAACUCGAGGAUUGCGCCUCGGUCGGUACUUCUGUCUCGCAGCUUCUGCGUCCACAGGAGCGCAGAUCUUUCAGGCCUCCAUCAUUUAGAACUGGCCAGCCACACUCACACUCGGUCUCGGCCGAAGUCACAGGGUCGCAGCGACCUAUAAGCAUCCAUGGGCAGACGCAGAGACCCUUGCUCUCGCGCCCGGCAAAACUUGCUCGGCUGCAUGAAAUCAAGUCACCGUCGUGGGACAGGCCCUCCGAGGCAUUUCCUUAAGUCACCGUCUCGCGUACUUUGCCGGGCCAUCGGCGUCCCUAAAGGACACCC